CUUGCGCACAGUACCAGGUCUUGCUGUGAGAAGGAACUUCAAGGCGAGAACGUCAAUUUGUUUUUAGCCUCCUUACAUCAAAAUUAAGACCUGACGGAGUCGAAAUCUUCAGCCAAAAGAUGCCUGACUUGAGAGGGAAGGUAGCCAUAAUCACAGGUGCGAGUUCUGGCAUCGGGAAGGGGACAGCUGUGGAAUUUGCUCAGCUGGGAGCGCACUUGGCUCUGACUGGGAGAAACCUGGAAAACCUGCAGGCCACAGCAAAGGCCUGUGUGGAGGCAGGGACUCCAGAAGACAAGAUUCUGGUUGUAACAGGAGACAUCUGUGAUGACGAAGUAAGGAAGAACCUGGUGGACCAGACUGCUCAGAAGUUUGGCAGGAUCGAUGUGCUGGUUAACAAUGCCGGCAUCGGAAAGUUUAGUGAUCUGGAGACAUUAGACAUGGCGGAGUAUGACAGAACGAUGGACGUCAACGUUCGCAGUGCGGUCAGACUGACUCAGUUGUGCGUUCCACAUCUCACAAAAACUAAAGGUGCCGUUGUAAAUGUGUCCAGCAUAAAUGGGGUACGAUCGAUGUCAGGAUGUCUCGCGUACAGCAUGAGCAAGGCAACACUGGACCAGUUCACAAGAUGUGUGGCGCUUGAACUAGCUUCCAAGCAAAUCAGGGUCAACUCUGUCAACCCUGGUGUGAUCCCGACAGACUUUUUCAAAACUAUGGGAAUGCCUGAAGAGAAGAUCGCCCAGUUGAUGGAACGUUGCAAGACCUUCCACGCCCUGGGGAGGCCCGGAGAAGUGUCCGAAGUUGCGAAGACCAUCGCCUUCCUGGCCUCGUCUGACGCGUCCUUCAUAACCGGCGCCCAGCUCUCAGUGGACGGCGGAUGGCACCUCAUGUGUCCGCGUUAACUUUGUUAACUUGAAAGAUAACAUUUGCAAAGAAAAUGCAUAAUGUUUACCUUCGUAACUGAAGAAUAAAAGAUUAAAAUAUUUAAGCUUGUAUUCAUGAUUAAUAUGGACUGUCAUUAUAUCGCUGUGGGAAGAAUGUGCCUUCUUCUAUGUGCUUAAAUGUGUAUUUGGUAUAUAGCCUGCACCGUAA